AUGUCUAUUGAGGAAUGGAAGAAAACCAAGCUAGUGGGUGUGAUUGGCAUGGGCGACAUGGGCCGUCUGUUUGCUAACCACUGGAACUCUCAGGGCUGGAAAGUGCUGGCCUGUGAUCAGGAAUCCCACUAUGAGAAGCUCAAGGAGGAAUUUGCCGAUUCGGAGAUUGAAAUCGUCCAGAAUGGCCACUAUGUGUCUCGAAAGUGCGAUUACAUUCUCUACUGCGUCGAGGCCGAGAAUAUCGGCAAGAUUGUCAGCAUCUACGGUCCCUCUACAAAGGUCGGUUCCAUUGUAGGUGGUCAAACGUCCUGUAAGGCUCCCGAGAUGGCUGCGUUCGAGGCACAUCUGCCCUCUGACGUGGAUAUCAUCUCGUGCCACUCACUACACGGCCCCAAAGUCAACCCCGAGGGCAUGCCUCUGGUGAUUAUCCGACACAGAAACACCGAGGAGUGGAAGUUCGAGUUUGUGCAGUCACUGCUGGAGUCACUCAAGUCCAAGAUUGUCUACCUGUCGGCAGAGCAACACGACAAAAUCACUGCCGACACACAGGCUGUGACUCACGCCGCAUUUCUGACCAUGGGCAAGGCCUGGCAGGCGAACGGACAGUACCCCUGGCAGAUAAGCCGUUGGAUCGGAGGUCUGGAAAACGCAAAGAUGAACAUCUCGCUGCGAAUCUACUCCAAUAAAUGGCACGUCUAUGCCGGUCUGGCCAUCUCAAACCCCGCUGCCAAGGUUCAGAUCCAGCAGUACGCAUCCAGUGCCGGCGAUCUGUACAAACUCAUGAUCACAGGCAAGGAGCAGGAGUUGCUUGACCGCCUUACGGCUGCCCGAGACUUUGUGUUUGGAGGCCUCAAGAAGGAACACUCGCUGCUGCUGUCCGAUGAGAUUCUCGAAAAGUUUUCGCUCGGAACCAAACCCCUGGGAGAAACACAAAAGCCGAACUCGCAUCUGUCACUGCUGUCCAUUGUCGACUCGUGGCACAAACUCAAGAUCAACCCCUACGACCACGUCAUCUGCUCGACACCUCUGUUCCGAAUCUGGCUGGGUGUCACUGAAUACGUCUUUUGCACUCCAGGACUGCUCGAACAGUGCAUCAAACACUCCAUUACUAACCAGGACUUCCGACCCGACGAUCUGGAGUUUGUGGUGGCUGCUCGAACGUGGUCUAAGGUCGUUUCUUACGGCUCCUACAAACUGUACGAGCAGGAGUUCAACGACACCCAAAAAUACUUUGCUCACAUGUUCCCUGAAGCCACUCGAAUUGGCAACGAGAUGAUCAACACCAUUCUGUCAACCACUUAA